AUGGAAAACCUAGGCAAUGAUAUCUGGUCUAAUAAUAAAGAUCUGAAUAUGGAUAUAGAAACAGCAGAGCAGCAAAGAGAAAACUACUAUGAAGAACUGAGGAAAAAAAUAAAAAACAUUUACAAGCUUUCUAAAGCUUUUGCAAAUCAGUAUAAGAAUGCGUUGAUCCCAAAAAUUGAAGAAAAGAAAGAAAUUGUGAGCCAGUCACCAAUAUCCCCAGCAAUUCAUAAUACAACUGAAGUAGUGCUAGAAGAAACUGAUGUCGGCAAAUUACUACAAUUUGUCAAGCUUAAAGUCAAAAAAGAAUAUCCAGCAUUAUUCAAUAAAGCAACCAAGGCGCUAAAAUAUGAUAUUGACAUAUCAAGACUGUCUGAAAUUUACCACAAUGAAGCUGCAUAUCAUACUUUUAUUAGUGAAUUAUCUAAUUAA